GGCCGAGCGUCUUUGCCUCCGCCGCAACCGGUGGCUCCGGCCUCCCCGGCGCUGCGGAUCGAGAGGCGCCGCCGCCCGACCCUCCGCCCGGACCCGUGGUCAGCGUCCCGAGGCCGCUCGGGAGGUCCGUGACCGUUUCGAUUUCUGUUCCCGAGUCUUGUUUUGUUCGCCGUAAAGACGACUGGAGGGACGAGCCGAGCGUCCUGCGAAGCAAGGCCUGCUCUUUGCGGAGCAGAUUGUGAGACGAGAAAUAAAUUCCCGCGGAAAGGAUGGACGUCGUGUUAAGUUUUUCCCAAGACGCCAGCUGUUCGCGUGGGGUCUCGCACUAAGCUGUCAAGCCCAGGUCACCCCUAGAGCUUGCUGUGCGCCCAGAGUGGGCUGGGACGCUUCUGUCUCAAGUAGGGCUUUUUUACUUGGUGGGAGCUCUUCCCUGCGGGUCACUCAAAGCCGUUAAUGACCACAGUGGUGUCUGAUUCUGGGACCAGCUCUUGGAUUUCUAAGGAUCAGAAUUUGCUGAGCAUCCUCAUUGUUACCACUUUGGUUUCAGUUGUUGUUCAAGCUCAUUUGUCUGUUUCCUGUCUUCUGCCCUUGUCCUGUACCAUCUGUUGCUGAUACAGCAGGACUCCAGUCAUAGAUCCUUGGAUGCCCACUGAACAGAAACUUGAAACCUCAGAUCAUCGUCAUAUCGUAGCAGAGAGCCUCAACCUAUCCUUGGCCCGGGGAGGAGCCAGCCCAUAUGCUGUGGAGAUGAACGGGGAGCAGCAGCUGGAUGCAGAUCCUGUGCCUGGUGUAGAAGUAGAAGAAUUCAGCUGGGAGGAUUAUCUAGACGAGACAGGCUCCACCACAGUUCCCUAUGCGUCGUUUAAACAUGUGGACAUACGUUUGCAAAAUGGCUUUGCUCCUGGGAUGAAGCUUGAGGUAGCUGUGAAAAAAGAUCCCGAAACUUACUGGGUUGCCACCAUCAUUACUGCCUGUGAGCAGUUACUCCUACUUCGUUAUGAAGGCUAUGGUGAAGACCGGAAAGCAGACUUCUGGUGUGAUAUCAGGAAAGCUGGCCUCUAUCCCCUUGGGUGGUGUGAGCAGAAUAAGAAGACCCUGGAAGUUCCAGAAGGCAUCCGACAUAAGGUGUCUGAUUGGGAUGCGUUUCUACAGCAGACCCUGAGAGGAGCCUGUGGUCCUCCCGUGUCUUUGCUAGAGGGCCUCCGUAAUGGAAGGAAUCCUUUAGAUCUCAUUGCUCCUGGGUCCAGACUAGAAUGUCAAGCUUUUCGAGACUCCUUAAGCACUUGGAUUGUUACUGUAGUGGAGAACAUCGGGGGACGGCUGAGGCUGCGCUAUGAAGGACUCGGAAGUUCUGACAAGUUUGAACACUGGUUGUACUACUUAGAUCCGUUUCUUCAUCACAUUGGUUGGGCUGCUCAGCAAGGAUAUGAACUUCAGCCCCCGUCAGCCAUCAGGCAUCUGAAAAAUGAAGCUGAUUGGCAAGAUAUUCUGGCCAAAGUAAAAGAGGAGGAGGAAGAGCCAUUACCUUCUUAUUUAUUUAAGGAUAAGCAAGUUAUUGGAACCCAUGAAUUUUCUGUAAAUAUGAAAUUGGAAGCUGUGGAUCCAUGGUCUCCUUUUGGGAUUUCUCCUGCUACAAUUGCUAAGGUUUUUGAUGAUAAGUACUUUCUGGUGGAAAUGGAUGAUCUUCGAUCAGAAGACCAUACAAGGCGGUCAUUUGUGUGCCAUGCUAACAGUCCUGGUAUCUUUCCUGUGCAAUGGAGUCUAAAGAAUGGUUUACACAUCAACCCUCCUCCGGGCUUCCGGAGCCAGGACUUUGACUGGGCUGACUACCUCAAACAGUGUGGUGCUGCAGCUGCCCCCCAGAAGUGCUUCCCUCCGUCAAUUUCUGAUCACCAGUUUAAGAAGAACAUGAAGCUGGAGGCUGUGAACCCUCUCCUCCCUGAAGAAGUGUGCAUUGCUACCAUCACUGCAGUGAGAGGCUCCUACCUGUGGCUCCAGCUGGACGGUUCUAAGAAACCUAUACCUGAAUUUAUUGUAAGUGUGGAGUCGAUGGAUAUAUUUCCUCUGGGCUGGUGUGAAACCAAUGGCCAUCCUCUCAGUACUCCUCGCCGGGCACGAGUGCAUAAACAACGGAAAAUUGCAGUGGUUCAACCAGAAAAACAAAUACUCUCUUCAAGAACUGUCCAUGAGGGCCUGAAGAAUCAGCUGAACUCCACACACUCAGUGAUGAUCAAUGGCAAAUAUUGUUGUCCAAAGAUAUACUUCAACCACCGCUGUUUCUCAGGACCGUAUCUUAACAAAGGAAGAAUUGCUGAGCUGCCGCAGUGUGUAGGACCUGGGAACUGUGUUCUGGUACUUAGAGAGGUCCUCACUUUACUUAUCAAUGCAGCCUACAAACCCAGUCGUGUCCUUCGUGAGCUCCAGCUGGACAAAGAUUCUGUGUGGCAUGGAUGUGGGGAAGUCCUGAAAGCCAAAUACAAAGGGAAGAGUUAUCGAGCUACUGUUGAGAUAGUGAAGACAGCAGAUCGAGUGCCUGAGUUCUGCCGACAAACAUGUAUCAAAUUGGAAUGUUGUCCUAACCUUUUUGGUCCGCGGAUGGUUCUGGAUACAUGUUCUGAGAACUGCUCCGUUCUUACAAAGACUAAAUACACACACUAUUAUGGAAAGAAGAAAAAUAAAAGAAUUGGGAGGCCACCUGGUGGUCAUAGUAAUUUAGCUUGUGCCCUGAAAAAAGCCAGUAAGAAGAGAAAAAGGCGGAAAAAUAUUUUUGUUCAUAAGAAGAAACGGGCUUCUGCAUCUGUUGACAAUACCCCAGUGGGCUCACCCCAGGGAAGUGGGGGAGAAGAUGAGGAUGAUGCAGAUGAUGGAGAUGAUGAGUCCUUAAGUGAGGGCAGCACAUCUGAACAACAGGACGAGUUACAGGAAGAAUCCGAAACGUCAGAAAAAAAAUCAAGCUCCUCUUCUCCCACCCAGAGUGAGAAGUCUGCCCCACUGCCCCCAGACACACAGACAAGUAAAAAAGAACCCGGCACUCUUUCAUUCUCAGAUGAUGAAAAUAAGCCUCCUUCACCAAAGGAAAUAAGGAUUGAAGUUGACGAAAGGCUUCACCUGGACAGUAACCCACUGAAGUGGAGUGUGGCAGAUGUCGUGCGGUUCAUCAGAUCCACUGACUGUGCGCCACUGGCAAGAAUAUUCCUGGACCAGGAAAUUGAUGGGCAAGCCCUUUUGCUCCUUACCCUUCCCACCGUUCAAGAGUGCAUGGACUUGAAGUUGGGACCUGCCAUCAAGCUUUGCCAUCACAUAGAGAGGAUCAAGUUUGCUUUUUAUGAGCAGUUUGCUAACUGAGAAGGACAAGCAGGGGGAGCCGGGUCUUCGAAGCACAGUUCAGUAAACCGUUUGCCCUGCUCUCAAGGUGGCUGCAGUCGUCCUGGGGCUGUGGGCCCUGCAGAUGUUGGCUAGCUUUCUUUGCACUUUCAGGGAAGGAGGACAUGCACUGAGGAAGCGCAAACAGCACAAAAAUGGCUCUCCUGCAGUGGAAAUACGACCUCUGCUCGGAAGAUUGCAGUUUCUAAAAGUUGUGAGAAAACAACCUUAAAACUGUGGAUUCCCAUGAAUGGAAAAUCAGAGUGAUCUGGACAGCACCUGUUUGGUUCUCUCCAUUCUGCCCCUUCCCACUGUAGACUGAACUUCGUUCUUGAAGAGAGAGGACACAGCUCUAAGUCAGCACUGACUUGGGACUGUGCCUAAGGCACAUCAGUGCUUCAUUGCCAUUGUGUUUUUAAGCUUUUUUUUUUUAAAUUAAAGCAGUUCAUUUUGGGGAUAAUUAUAUGGCUCUAGGGUUUUGAAUGUCUAGUUAAACGUUGAUCCAUUUUAAAAUCUAUUCGUAGGAGUUUCUUUGUUUACUACCUCUGUUGAUGACUGCGCUUACAGCCAUGAGUGACAUUUUUUGUAUGAUGCCAUUUUUAAGCUGAAUGCUGAAACUAUGACAGAAGUUAGAGAAGGCCCUGUCUGCUUUCUUAACAAUAUCACGUGGCACUUACACCAGUCCCUUAACCAAUUUCUCCUCAGAAUUCUACUGUUACAUUCUUCAUCUUUACCCAGUUCUGGCCACCAUUGUUAAGCGGCCUCACAAAGACUAAUGUCUGCUAUUUCAGUUUUGAAAGAUACUUAUGUGGCUUUUAUUUAUGUUUAUUUCUCUCUAGAGUUGUUUGACUACCUCUGUUUCAUCUCUGGAGUCUCUGCUCUCAGUGAAAAUCAGUGGUGUCCUUUGGCUCCACUGUAAAGCCCAUUUUCCCGGUUCUCUAGGUGUGUCCAGGAAGAAGCACAGGAGAGCAAAGUAUGGAGUUUCUUAGUAGCAUCCUAGGGUUAUAAGUAUGUGACAACGCCACCCCAAAUGUCCCAGAUCUUGCUUCAUCUGGAAAGCCAAUCAGAGCUGAUUGGUACUUGCUUGGAUGGGAGAGGUAGUGGAGGAGUCUGGAAACCUCUGUAGCCAUGCUUAUACCUGUCUCCAGUCACACCAUUUAAAUUGAAUGUAAUUUACAUUCUGAGAAAUCCCAUUCAUUAGCUCAGUCUUUGAAUUUUUUUUCAAUUAAACUCAAGUUGACAUGAAAUUCCAGGUGAAUUUUCACUUUUAAUGACAUUGUUAGCUAUUAUAGAAAAUAGCACUUGCUAUGCUAUAGCCAUGAGUAAGGAAAGACAUACAUGCACAGGUUGCCUCCUUUAAAUGUUUUCCUUGUUGAUUAUUUAUUUAUUUAUUUAUUUAUUUAUUUGGUUACCUUGAUCUCUACAGAUUUAUACCCUAGCAUUUUUUCCUCAAGAAUUGAAAAUGUUUUAAAAUUGCAAACUGAGUAAAUUCUGAACAACUAUACAAAUUGCAAAUAUAAGGUAAUAUUACAAAUUUAAAUUGUGAAUUUUUUUCUUUCCUCACCUCAACCCCCACUUGUUUUUAUGAACACUGGGAAAGUCUGUAGUCUAGAUCCUGUUCUUCAUUGGAUAACUCUUGACCUGACAGCCAAGUCUUAAAACAAUGACUAUUCACAUCGUCACCAUCAGGCAUAUCUGGAAGAAGCUUCAUCUAAGUAACAGCUCAUUGUCUGAGCUUACUUAGAAAUCCAGCUUUUAAAAAAUAACUGGAGUUUUCAUGUUGCUGGAGAGAAACAUUCUCGAUAGUAAACAGCUGGUAUUGGCAGGCUGAUUUGGAGUGGUUGUCUUUUUAGAAUUUCCCCAAGACCUCAGCGGUUAAGUCAGUACAAGAGGGGGUGUCAUGAGGACAUAAAACGUAUACCUAUAGAAUUUCACAUUGUUGUAGUAAAAGGAGGGGUGACAACAAUGACUGUGCCAUUAUGUCGUUCUUCUUGAACUCAAAGAUCACAGAAUGUAGAACCAUCAGAGAUGACAGGCCCUAAGUAGUUCCGAGUGGGGGAGGGGUAGGGCACAAUGGUCUUGUCUGACUGUACCGUCAUUAGUUUCUUUCUCCUGUAGAAAGGCCAGUCAUAAAUUAGGCAAGUGAGGAGAGCACACUUACUGGGAUACGGCAUACUCGUAUCUGCCCCAUCCCUCCUCCCAGGUGUCACACAUAAGAGGAUUGUAUGAGAAUUCUGCAAAAAAAAUUUUUUAAAGUAUAAAAUCCUAAUCCCAGAUUGGGUAUGGUGAUACAUACCUCUAGUCCCAGCACUUGAGAAGUGGAAAUGAGGAUCAGAAGUUCAAGAUCAUCCUCAGCUACGUAGUGAGUUCUGGGCCAGCCUGGACUAUAUGGGACCCUGUUUUGUUCUGCUUUCGUUUUGUUUUUGUUUUUUUCCAUUUAUCUAACAAAGAUGCUGAGGUUAGGUUGGGUAGCAGUCAUGUUCAGUUAUGAUGAUUCUGAGAUUCUUAAGGUGGUAAUAUCUUGCGUUGUUGGGGAAGAGGUUUGUGUUUUGGACAUUUGUAUGUGAAGUCUCAAAAAAACAGAAGAAAAGAAAAAGAAAGAAACCUCAUAAAUUUAUUAGAGGUGUGUUAUCUGGAGUUCCCCUGCACUUGUUCCCACAGCUUGCCUGCUGUCGAGUUUUUUGUGAUCUAUGUUUAACCUGGGUUGACAAACUUACAAGCACAUGGAAGGCCUCUUCUCCUAGACCUGAGAAGUUAGCGGACUUAAACUAGACUCUACAGCUAUGCUGGUCUUUUUAGCCAACCCUUGACCUGUACGUGCACAUUGGCCCCAAUGUUUUGACUAUAUUUCCUGGGUUUCUUGUGACUGCUAUUUUCCUUUGUGAGGCACCUUCAUUCUUUUCAAGUAUAGGGAUGCAUUAAUGGAACCUUUGAAUUCUAUCUUUAGCCUUUCUAUAGCAAUGUACUUGGUUCCCUGUGUUUAUAAUAUGGGUCCAGGAAAGGUAUUAGUUAACCUCUGGAAAGGAUGAUCUUGGUAGAUAUUUAUGAAUUAUGAUAGAGGCAGGCUAGAAAACCACCGAGUUUAGCCUUCAUGUGUCUCUUUUCCUAGAAAUAAAAUGGUUUUCACUGCAAGGGAAAGAGCAUCGGACCAAAGCUUCCCGAACACUUGAGUACAUUUUAUGUGCCCUCUAGAGCCAAUUCAGUUAUUAGUGUGAUGCCUGAAUACAGCUUAAGGCAGGUAGGGCUCACAACACCCCACCCCUCUCAAGCCAACAUUGUUUCUAAGAGACACAGAACAUCAGGGAACCUAAAUGAAAAGUAACAGCAAUGUAAAAUCAUUGUAAAACCUGUCACUGAUACUUAUUCUUACUUGGUGCCUCUCAGCAAAAACUUAGAUUGAAGAGAUUCUUUUCUGGUUUCAUUGAUUAUUAGAAGUGCUAGUAGUCUUUGGACUGUGGAAACACAGUGAAUUCAAACUUGUCUUACAUACUGGGGAUAUUCCAUGUGUGUGCAAAUUCAUACAGGUCCCUAAGUAAUCUGUUUUAUCAGUAGGACAUAUGUUGUCCUUUUGAAGUGAGGAAGGCAAAUCACUAACAGAAGCUAAGUAGAAAACUUGAGCUAACAAGAUACUCCCUCUGUAAAUUUGGAUGUCUCCAGUCUUAGGACCUUUGUAAGUUGCUGUCUUGUGGCCAUGGUUUUGAUUAGAAACUCUGUAAGGGCAGAGCCUCCUGUACAACCAAGAAGUAAUGGUCACUUUCCCAGAAUUAGCUUUAUUCACUUUAAAUGUUUUACUUAUGAAUUUUGAUGAUUGCUUUGUAUGAGAAUAUAUGUACUUGGAGAGUUUGAAUUUAUCCGCAUAAGCUACCCAUUGACCUAGAGUUUUGUUGUAAGAAAUCUAAGCCCAAAGUCUAGUCCAAAUGGAUCUGGUUCUGUUGGUUCACUUGGGGAUUGUUUUCCUUAGUGCUUGUCUUCGGCCACACCGGUAGCUUUGCUCUGUAAGCAGCAUUAAGUUUGAGACAUAAGGUAAUGGUUAUUAAAUGCACUGCAUGGUGAUUUUUUUUUCUUGCUGCUGUGUUUAAGAAGUCAAAAUUUCACAGUAACCUGGAGAAACAGGAGUGAAGGUUUGUCGGGGAGGUCUAAGACUCUGCUAGUGCUUUUUCUAGCUAGUCUGGCGUGGCAUUCCGGCCUACCACAGUGAAGCAUUGUGAAAGGGAGACAGGCAGCAGAGUCACCAGACAGUUGUCACUACCAGCCUUAGAGUGCAGAGCUGAGCCGCGGGGAGGAGGGGGUGAGCUUGCUGACCCUGAAGCGGUGUCACCAUUGCUGAUGUGUGACAGGGACUGUACUCAGGAUGUGUGGAGACUCAGGCCUAAGGGUUCCUGUACGGCUUAUCUGCCUAAUUGUGUCUAGCUUGGCAGAAUAGAGGCGGUCACAGAAUGUUGAAGGUUAUAGACUUUAAGGGCAGCUCAGAUCACAAAGCAGAUUGGUAGAGACAGAAGUCUACAAAGCUUAGGCAGUCUCUAGUCCGUUUGAAGUCUCUGGAAAAAAUAGUUUGAAUGUUUCUCUUGAGAGUGCACAUUUGCUUUUCCCUCACCCCCUCCUCUUUUUUUAGUUGAAUUUUCUCUAAUGACAAUCAGAGGCCUGCCAGGAUUGGGACUUCAGGCUGGUUCCAGCUCUGUCCUUAGGCCUUUCCAGUACUCCCUCCUUGGAAGUAAUGCACCUUAUUUAAUGUAUUUUGCUUUAAAAAAAAAAAUCAAAUUGCUUGUUUGGAACAAAAUGAGACGCUUUUGGCAUUGUAUACUACCUGCUUGCUGUUUUUACUCUUAAUUUAAAAUUUAUGCUUUGAAGACCAAGUACACUUAAGGAGAAAUAUGCACUAGAAUACCUAUUUCCCAUCAAGUUUGAUGGAUAUAAUUUUAAAGGAUUAAAAACAAAGCAAAACUAUUUUGAAUGAAUAUAUGUGUGCUUUUCUUUCUUUUGGCAAAUUAGUAAGUUUGUGAUAUGACCGUUUUAAAUGGUUGUGAGAAAAUUAAACAGGUAUUAAUCUGUCUUUAA